AAAUAGCACCAUAAACUUCCACGUUCAUAUCUCUUUCCUCUUUUUGUAUUUUCUUUCUCUCUCUCCUGCUUUUCUGAUCAUCUCUGAUCUCUUCACUUUCUUUUCUGUCCACAAGUGAAGAAGAGUUGGUUGUGAGCAUGGAUGGGAUUGAAUCCAAAGUCAUGAAAAACCCACAUCCCAAAACACACAAAUUGUUCAUGGCUGCCCAAUUUUCCUUCAGAAUUUUGGCGAUUGUGACCACAUUAGCUGCUGCAUGGACCAUGUUCACUAGCAAGCAAUCUGUUGUGGUUUAUGGCAUCGCGGUCGAUGCCCGGUAUAGCUACUCCUCAGCCUUCAAGUUCUUCGCAUUUGCAAAUCUUAUUGCAUGUAUCUUCUCUGUACUAUCAUUGUUUCUCGUUUUUGUCCUCGGACGAAAGGGCUCGGAUGCAACCAACUUCUUCUACAUGUUCUUGCACGACUUGGUUAUGAUGACAUUGGUGAUGGCUGCAUGCGCUGCGGCAACUGCAAUCGGAUACGUGGGUCGCUACGGAAACAGCCAUACUGGUUGGAUGGCCAUUUGUGACAACUUUGCCAAGUUCUGUGAUAGAGUCACUGUUUCUGUCGUCCUCUCUUACUUGUCUUUCAUUUUCUAUCUUUUUCUCACCAUCAUCUCUGCUAGCAAGUCUAGACAAACUCAAGUUUGAAGAAGCAUCUCAUUCUACUCAACAAGAAAGAAAAGAAGAAGAAGAAGAAGAAGAAGAAGAAGAAGCAUCUCAUUCUACUCAACAAGAAAGAAAAGAAGAAGAAGAAGAAGAAGAAGAUAAUGAUGAUGAUGAUGAUGAUGAUGAUGACCAUGUUAUGGUGGUUGUAGUUAAUAUGAUGAAAUGGGUGUUUUUGUAAAUGUGUGUCAAUGACAAUGUACUUUCCUAGAAAGAUAAAAAAUAACUUUCCUCUUC